GCCAGUAGUAGCGGUUGAUGGGACAUUCUUAGAGUCAGCCUAUAGGGGGAUUAUGCUGACAGCAAACACCAUGGAUGCAGCAGGUACAAUAUUGCCCUUGGCAUAUGCUGUGGUUGAUUCUGAAAACGACGCAUCUUGGAAGUGGUUCUUUGAGCAAUUCAAGCAGGCAUAUGGCGAAAGACCUUCAAUGUGUGUUGUUUCAGAUAGGAAUGAGAGUAUACUGAAGGUAACAUCAAUUAUCUAUCCGGGCAUGCCACACUACUCUUGCAUGUGGCAUAUUUGGACAAAUAUAAGGUCAAAAUUCAAGAAAGGUCAUCUACAAUUACAUGAAUUGUACUUUGCUACAACACGGUCAUACACUCUGGAUGAAUUUAAUGAAAGGAUGUCGAAGACUGAAGAGGUAGACCCGCAUGUGAAAUCUUACCUAUAUGAUAUUGGCUAUCAUAGAUGGUCAAGAGUACAUGCAACAGUGAAUAGAACGUGGACAAUGACAUCAAAUAUUGCAGAGUCGUUGAAUGCUGUAACAAAAGAUGCAAGAGAGCUAGCGAUAUUUGACUUUUUAGAGUAUAUGCGGACACUGCUAGAACGUUGGACCAACGAGAAGUUAUUGAAGGCGAAGGGUACUUUCACAUUUCUUGGGUCCAAAUUCAACAAAGAAUUAGAGAACAACAGAAUAUUAUCUCAGAAGCUUAGGGUGGGGGCUUCAACAUAUCAUAUACAUACUGUGUUAGAUGGUGUGAAGCGGAAUGAAACAUAUGAAAACUAUUGCUCUCCGUAUUACACAAGGGAGAGCCUUCUGCGUACGUAUGAAAUACCAGUAAAUCCUCUUCCUGAUGAAAGCAAAUGGAAUGUGUCACAAUAUAUUUUGGAUGAGGUAGUAAAUCCACCGACGGGAGAUAAAAGGCAGCUAGGGAGACCUCAAAAAGAAAGAUAUAAAACAUAUGAUGAAAUAAAGUCAAAGAAGUACAAGGUGUCAUGUGGAAAUUGUGGAGGUGAAGGGCAUAACAAAAGAUCUUUCAAGAAUGCGCCCAAGAAGAAAUGA